CUUAAAUCAUUACUGAAUAAACAUUUCCGAAGACGGGAUUCUAUGACAUUUAUAAAUGCAAGUCAAAUGAAAACAAGUUAAAAGCAGAAGCUCAAUUUAUCUUUUCAUAUCAGAAAAGGGAAAAAGGUUCCCUAACGAAACGGACGCGUGAUAAAUUCAGACGAACUCUUCCUUCUCUCUACAGCGGGGGAGGGCAAAUAUUUUAAGAUUGAAGACGCUGCAUUUUGUCUGAUAAUGUCUGUGGUCACAAAUAAUAAGACAUGAAACAGACUAUGCUUCAGGGUAUUUGAAAAAUCCAUCCGAAGCAUCGAUUCAGACAAGAAAGUAUAUAUCAACUGAGGUAUCUCAACAGUCGCGUUUAAUCCAUCCUGCUUCCGUCUAACUCGUCCAGUAUUAACUUUCAUGUUUCAACAAUUCAAAGGACGUUUAUGAUAUGAAAUGGCGGCAGACAGAGAAAGUUUAUUAUUGGAAGAAACAAAACAACAGAAGCGAUCAAAUCGUCUGUCCGUGCAAAUUCCCGCUCCGGGUGAAAGUCGUGUAUCACUCAGCAGUCCUGUCAAGACCAGACGAACAGACACCAAGACAAUCAACCGAAGAUCAACAUGGUUUGGUAAAGCUUUCGAUGCCGUUGGAAAUAAUGGCGUGAUCGAUAAACUGUUGUUUAUUAAGGCAACCCAUGACAUUGAGGAUUUCGUCCAGAACUUGUUCGAACUUUUCGACACACAGAAUCGUGGUUAUAUAAGUAUCCAGGAAUUAAUCGGAGGCCUUCGACUGCUCAUGGUAGAGAGCGGAAAGGCCAGCGGGGAGAAGACACUGCAGUGGUUUACGAAUUACUUCAAAAAGAAUUAUUGUUGCGAAACAUGUGAGAUACGAUUUAGAGAUUUCAAACAAGCAUUUGAGAACAAAACGUUCACAGAGAAAUUAUUUGGUCUUCUCGAUCGUAACUCUGACGGAGUUAUCGAUAUCAAUGAAUUUAUUGGAAGUCUUGAUAGAUUAGAAUGCGCAACCACCGAUAUCAAAUGGUUUGAAUGGAUAGAGGAACAUUUCAACGUUGCUUCUUUGAAAGGCAGGAAGAUUACUUUUGAACAAUUUAAAGAAACUUUGCAACUCGAACAGGUGUUUUUCGCUGAAAGAUUUUUCACGAUAUUCGACAAAAAUGGAGACGGGAAGAUCGACAUGAAAGAGUUGAUUGAAGGAUUGGAACUCUUAAGAAAUGGAACAGUCACGGAUAAACUUACCUUUCUUUUUCGUGUCUACGACAUUGACGGAAAUGGUUAUUUAAAUCGUGAGGAAAUGAAAACCAUACUUCUUUCUGGCCUUGAAGAGAGCAAACUAAGAUUGAAUGAUCAGCAAGUGGAUGAACUCAUGGAAGUAUUUUUUGAAGAAGUACAGUCAGAACGUGCUGGGGUUAUUGAUUUGGAGGAAUUCAAAAACUUUCUUUCAAAAUAUCCAGCAUUGGCUGAGAAUUUAUCUGUCAGUGUUGGCCACUUGCUUCAACCUCCUACACCAAAGAUAAAGAAGCCAAUAUCUCGUUUCAUCCCCAAACGUCUACGUUGGAAUUAUAUUCAUCAAAACCCAUCAAAAGUAACAGCUGUAGCUGUCUACUCUUUCCUGAAUGUUGCAUUGUUUAUUUGGGUUGGUUUUCAAAGAAGAAACGAAAGUUUUUGGAUAAUCAUUGCUCGAACAUUUGGGAUGUGUUUGAACUUUAAUAGCGUGUUUGUUUUAGUCCUAAUGUUAAAGAGCUCUCUUACGUGGCUACGUUCAACUUGGAUCGGCAAAUACCUUCCUAUAGAUCAACAUAUUCAGUAUCAUAAAGGAGUUGCUGUGAUUAUUUUCAUUUUCUCAAUUCUUCAUUGUGCUGGACAUCUUGGAAGAUACGUGAACAUGGCUCAGAGCAGCGGCAACUCUACGCAUUUCGAAGUUUGGGAAUAUUUAUUUACGUUAAAAACUCCUGAAGGUUGGGUUGGAGGUUCAGCAGGAAUGACCGGAAUUUUACUUUUGAUAAUUCUUGGAAUUAUAUUUGUACUGUCUCAACCAUUUGUUAGAGAGCGAGGAUAUUUCGAGUUGUUUUACGUUUUUCAUCAUUUAUACAUUCUCUGGUGGACUUUAUUGAUUCUUCAUGCUCCGGACUUUUGGAAAUGGUUUAUUGGUCCCGCAUUUAUUUAUUUAUGCGAAAGAAUAUGGAGUUUAAGGAUCGUUAACAGAGCUCGAUACGGAAAGACGUUCAUACAAGAAGGAAUUACAUAUCCCUCGAAGGUGACCCAUCUGGUGAUCAAAAGACCUCCAAACUUCCACUAUAAACCUGGCGACUACGUGUUGGUAAAUAUUCCCAAGAUUGCGAAAUAUGAAUGGCAUCCGUUUACGAUCAGCAGCCCCCCAGAACAGUCCAGUUAUAUUUGGCUGCAUAUUCGUGCAGUGGGAACAUGGACCAAGAAAUUAUUUGAUCAUUACGAAGAAGAAGAAAAAGAAGAAUGCAAGAGAUUAUCAUUAAAACGAACAGCAAUCCGAAGACAAAAGACAUUCAAAGCUAGAGAAGUUGAAAGAGAUAAUGAGCUGUCGAUUCGUGAAAUGAGAGCCAGAAAUAUUCGACGUAAAAGACUGGGGGUGAUUAUCGAGGAUGACCCAGAGGAUGGCGAAUUACGUGAAGUUGUAUUUGAAGCAAAAACUGGUUCAUUGAGAAGGAGUGUAAGAAAGAAAAUAAAUAAGAAAGAAGAAGUAGAACUAGUUAACUUUUCCAAAGAAAAAAGGGAUUCCGUGACGACUGAAAGCAAGUUGCUGAUAUAUCUGAAUGGCCCAUACGGAACUCCAUCGACAGAUUUCUCCGAGGCUGAGCAUGCAGUUUUAAUCUCAUGUGGUAUCGGUGUGACGCCAUUUGCAUCAAUUCUGAAAACAAUCAUGCUAAGAUAUCAACACGCAUCCCAUUCUUGUCCCAAAUGUUCCUACUCCUGGGUUGGAAAUGUUCCGUUCUCUUUGAGGAAAUUACAAAAGGUGGAUUUCUUUUGGAUCAACCGUGAUCAAUAUUCCUUUGAAUGGUUUCUAAGUUUGAUGAGAGAGCUCGAAGUGCAACAAUCCGAACAUGAAGGCGUUUUUAGUGAACAUUUUUUAGACAUGCACAUCUACAUGACAUCAGCUUUACGAAAACAAGAUAUGAAAGCGCUUGGCUUACAACUGGCACUUGAUUUGCUCCAUGAAAAGAAAGAAAGGGAUUUAAUCACUGGUUUAAGAACGAGAACUAACGCAGGAAGACCAGACUGGGAGGAGGUUUUCGAGGACUUGAAAGCAAUGGAUUAUGGACACAUAACAGUAUUCUAUUGUGGAAAUGCCGCCCUGGGGAAAAUACUAAAAAGUCUGUGUCAGAAAUAUCAUUUUGGAUUUAAAAAGGAAAACUUUUAAACAUUGUAUGCAUGCAUCUCAAUUCAUAGUUUGGAUUAUAUUGCAAGAAUAUAUUUUGGAGUAAUAUAGCUAGUUUGAUACAAAAAAAAGAUCGCAAGAAACUGUAUUGGCAUAAUUUAUGACCUGCAGAGUUGAGUGUUUGUAUAU